AUGCAAUUAGAAGAUUGGCUGGAUGACCUGUGUGUCCGUUUUAUUAUUAACCUUCCCCGUGAAGAGCUCGAGUCGGUCGAGCGGAUAUGUUUUCAAGUGGAAGAGGCGCAAUGGUUUUAUGAGGACUUCAUCCGCCCGCUUGAUCCUGCUUUGCCGUCGUUGAAUCUGAAGACUUUCGCCAUGCGCAUCUUCCAGCAUUGUCCGCUCAUGUCGCAAUGGUCUCACUACCAUCACAUGAUCGCCUUUUCGGAGUUCCUUGCCUAUAAGACACGCGUUCCGGUUCGCGGUGCGAUCAUGUUGAACCAGGACAUGGAUGAAGUUGUGCUGGUAAAGGGCUGGAAGAAAGGCGCCAACUGGAGUUUCCCACGUGGAAAAAUCAACAAAGGCGAGAAAGAUCUGGAUUGUGCUAUCCGUGAGGUUUAUGAAGAGACCGGGUUUGAUGUUCGGGCCGCCGACCUGAUCAAGAAUGACGAUGACGUUAAAGACAUUGAAGUCACAAUGAGAGAGCAACAUAUGCAACUAUUUGUGUUUCGAGGUGUGCCCCGCGAUACUCAUUUCGAGCCACGCACCCGAAAAGAGAUCAGCAAAAUCGAGUGGUACAAGCUAUCGGACCUCCCUACAAUGAAGAAGAACAAGCAGAACGAUGAAGGACUCGCAGCCGCAAACGCAAACAAGUUCUACAUGGUUGCUCCUUUCCUACACCCGCUUAAGAAAUGGAUUGCCCAACAAAAGAAGUUGGAUAUCAAAGCACAACCAGCCACGAAACAGACCAAUAAUAUCGAGGGAUAUACCUCCGUGGAAGAAAAUGGCUACACAACUGGCACUCCUGGCGUUUCACUUGCGAAAAUGGCUAUGCCGAGUGAUCUUCCCGAGGUGACCUUAGCGCAAGAUGCCUCGGAUCACCUCAAGCGCCUUUUGAAGAUAGGUGCAAUGUCGACACAGACGCAAACUCCAGGCUUGGAGCCAGCUCAGAAACCUGCGGUUGAUUCGUCGAAGUCGGAUGCACUUCUCGCAUUGUUACUUCAGGGUAAAUCACAGGAAUCUGCGCCACAGGUUUCUCACAACACUGAUCUACCACUACCCAAUGGAAACAACUUACCUGCAGGCCAUCGCCCUCCCAUGGGACCGAACUUCUUCCCUGGGUUCAACCAAUCACAGCAGAAUACGGGGCACUCUCACUUUGCUCAGCAAAACCCUCCAUUCCACCCGGGUCCCUCCCACUCCCAAUUUCAGCGUUCUACGAAUGGCCCGCCCUUUAUUGCAGGGAAUACAUACUCCAACUUGCCUCCAGAUGCCUAUCCUGGACCCCUACAAAUGUCCCAGUUCCCUCGGUCGUCUCCCGUAUCACAAUACCCCGUCCACCCAGGCCAUGUGGCCGCGCCAUUCCAGCGCACUGGUGACCCUCAAUUCUCUGAAUCCGCUCAGCCAUCUCGAAGUCAUGGUCUAGCAGUUCCACCCGCGAGCAAUUUACCGAAACUCACAAAUCACUCGUUGGCGCUGUUGAAUGCUUUUAAAGUCAAGACUCCCAAGGGCCCAGGCCCCGCAACCCUAGCAACCCCUACGCAGGCCUCCUCCCACGUGCGCAAGACGUCUCAGCACCAAGACAGUCUUCUCAACUUGCUCAAGGGACCACAAAGAGUCCCUACUUCCGAGCCUGUGGAAUUACUGGGAAGUCCAGUUGUAUCUUCAGAGCCACCUUCGAGCAGGCAAAUCCUGCAGCGUCCGCAGAAUGCCCACAAUUCGCCUGAGCAAUUUUUAGCUGGUCAAACGUCGGCCACCAUAUCUGGACCUUUGAACACACCGCAGUUCGAGGCAAUCGCUAAGCCGACCCACAAAUCCAACCGAGGAUCGAGUCGGAAGAACCACACGAACAGGAGAGAGCAGACUGAGGCGCCGACAAUGACAAUCUUAUCGCGACCUCAGUCUGCCAAACGGGAGGUGUCCUCAGGGCCCGUUGAACAAGCAACCUCGAUCCCGCCUUCCAAGUCACCCCAUGCCCCUCAACCUGCCAAGCACUUCCAACCACAAAUUCUACGUCGCUCUGAAAACCUGGGAUAUGAAAAUUUGAUGGCUGCAGCUUCUCGCACAGAAACAGCCGAGCGGAAACCGAGCCUGCCAGGUCUUCAGAAUAACUCACAGGGUUUGGCCCCACAGCAUAACUACGAUAGACGACCCAGUCAGACAGUUGAACAGAAAGCCUCGCUUUUGUCUUUGUUUGGCAAGCCAAAUGCUUCUCCAUCGCCUGGACUUGCUACUCCCCUCGACUCUGGAGCUGUUGUUCAUCAGCAGUCGACCGCACCCUCAGGGGUUGUCAGCCCGAUGUCGUCCCGCCACCGUAGCAGCGGUGGUCCUAUCUCUCGACACGGUACACCCUCUGAUAACGGUGCUCAGGCUCACGUCAACUCAACCUCCUCCCCCAGCAACAAGGCGUUUCUGCUUGGGUUCUUGGAGGGUGUUGCGAAGGGAAACAAAUAG